ACCUUGAUUUUAUCAACGUAAUGACGUACGACUUCCACGGCCAGUGGGAGCGACAGGUCGGGCACAAUUCACCUCUGUUCCCGCUCGAUUCCGCCUCAAACUACCAGAAGAAGCUGACCGUGGACUACAGUGCCCGGGAGUGGGUGAAGCAGGGUGCCCCGAAGGAGAAACUGCUGAUCGGUAUGCCCACGUACGGCCGUUCGUUCACACUCGUCAACCAGACACAGUUUGACAUUGGAGCACCGGCUUCGGGUGGUGGUCUGCCAGGAAAGUUUACGAGUGAGGCCGGCUUUCUGAGCUACUAUGAAAUCUGUGCCUUCCUCGGCGUGGACAAUACGACGCUCGUGUGGGACUCGGAACAGCAGGUGCCAUUCGCUUACCGGAAGGAUCAGUGGGUUGGCUUCGAUGAUGAACGAUCGCUAAAGACGAAGAUGGAAUGGUUAAAGGAGGAAGGCUUCGGUGGUAUCAUGGUGUGGUCCAUCGAUAUGGAUGACUUCUCGGGGCGGUGCGGUAGCGGCAAGUAUCCGCUGUUGAAUGUGAUGAAUAGUGAGCUGAAGGACUACAAGGUGCAGCUGGAGUACGAUGGCCCUUACGAAUCUUACGGACCGCGAGGAGCUUACACUACCAAGGAUCCUAACGAGGUCACCUGUGCUGAGGAGGACGGUCAUAUUAGCUACCAUCCGGACAAGAGCGACUGCACGCACUACUUUAUGUGCGAAGGUGAACGGAAGCACCACAUGCCAUGCCCUGCCAAUCUGGUGUUCAAUCCCAACGAGAACGUGUGCGAUUGGCCCGAGAAUGUCGAAGGCUGCCAGAGCCACACGCAGGCACCGGCGGCCUAAUGCGCUACCGGGCUUUUCCAACACCCUUAACCCCCCCUUUAUUCUCCCACAUCUACACUUCUGCUACGUAGGUUAUAGGUGCAUCGGAUGUGACGCAAACAAUCAAUUCCAACGAUGAGACGCAUGUCCACCUGUGGCAGCUGUUUUGGGGGUGGAAAACGUAAAUAAAAAAAAAUACUCCUCGGUCGUCCACGGACGAAUGACAAACGGACGAAGGGCGUAGGCAAACCGACCGGCACACAACUGUUUUGUAAAUAUAUGAAAACGAGAUCCUUUCCUUUCCGAGGACAAUUUAUCAAAAAGGAUAGCGAAAAGGUCCGGAAGCCGCUCAAUGCUUCACCACCAACAACUGACUCCAACUGCCACUGCCUAUAGGACGGUCUCGACCUUCAGGCGCCCUCCUGAUCUGUGCCUUCCAAUAUUUAUAUGAUUCUGCUCUGUUUUGCCUUCCAAUCCCGCACUCCAUUUCCUGUCUCUCUACAUCCCAGCUAGCCGUUGGGCUCGUCGAGAUUGUCGUUUAAAUUCGUCCCCUACACGUAAACACGUAAAGUAAUUAAUGUUGCUCUUGUCCUGUGCACUGUGUCGACAAAUGAGCUAUUUAUGAGAGGGAGAGAAAGAAAGAGAGCGAUCAGAAGGACGACUACAAGUCAAUUCUAAUUGCAAUCGGCCACAAACACACCCCCAUCGGGUUAGAGAGCGUCGGUUGAUAGUUGUUGUUGACAGUUUUUUUUUUAUUAUCGAAGGUAUAAUAAGCAAGGAAAAGCGAGAGAGAACAUGCAAAAGUUACGAAGAAUUCACAGCGGUUGCAGUGGUAUACAUUAAUAUCGACGACGAUGACGAUGGCAUAGACUAUUCCUGGAUCAAGCCGAGACAAAAAUCAACAGUCACACACGAAUCCACAAACCGCGCAGCAAAUGUUUUACACCCAGUGGCGCCUGUAAAUGUCGUUUUUUUGAUAGAUGUAUAAAAACUGUGAUAAUUAAGUGUAUAUAAAAAGAAGAGCCAGAAAGAGCCAAGAAAAAGAUAGAGAGAGAGAGAAGAGAUAGAAGGAAUAGAAAAAAGAGAAGAGAGAAAAAGAAGGGAAAGUUUAAAGAAAGAAGGAAAGAAGAAAGAACGGCCAAGCACAGUAAGGUGACAAGAAACGAUUAAAAGGAAUGGUUAAAGCGACAUAUCAGUAGCAUCAUCAGAGGAACAUUUGCUUUGCCUUUGCAAACUGGAACAUUGGACAACGACAUUACACCCUACUCAACGCCCCGCUCCCUGACUCAAAAACGGUGAAACAACAACGAUUCCGCAGCGCAAGGACUCCCCUCCCCCUAACACCAACGAGCGGAGGAACUCGAACUCAUUUUCUGUUUGAAAGAAAAUGAACCAUUUAAUGCAAGCUAGUUGAUUCGACGCAAGAAAGUAAACGGAAAAUAAACGGAAGCUUCGUAGCAAACCGAUGCCAGGCCUGCCUCGAUUGGCAUGGUACAUUCUACUGAAGCGCGAGCGUGUGACAGUGCCCAGCGCUGGCAAACUAGUAGCCGUUCCCUAACGGAGGGAGCAGCUGAGUGGUUUGCAGCAGUGCAGAAAAGAACAACCAGCAAACGGAGGAUGCAGGAACAGGUACGCGUCGCCACUCGCCGCAUUACAAACGCAUACAAAUACGACGACAACUAAUUGGUAAUUUAAUGAAUAUGUUACAUGUACUUUUUUUGAAUAAUAAAUCACUUAUUAGUUAAA